AUGGGUCAUGAUGCAUUGAUUGUGGACUUGGUGAAAUAUUGUAUUGGUUUCGAUUUUCUUCAAGAAAUCAACACAACAAGGGAAACCAGAGACAGAGUAUAUACAUUGGUUGCAAAGUUAAAAGAGUCAGGUUUGUUGUCGGACAGUUAUUCAAGUGACCAUUUUACCAUGCCAGAUACUGUUCGUAGAGCAGCUUUGUCCAUAGCACAUAAGGAAAAUCAGUUAUUUACAAUGACAAAGGGAAAGGUAGAUGAAUGGCCUGAUGAACUUGAACGGUAUUCUGCUAUUUCGUUACAUCAUUGUAACUUCAUUGAACAGUUUCCUGGGACAAUAAGUUACCCAAGACUUAAAGUUCUUCAAAUUGUCAAUAAUAUUCCACGUCCGAAAAUACCUAAAAACUUCUUCGAAGGAGUGAAAGAACUUGGAGUAUUGAUAUUGACUGGUAUUCAUCUCCCCCUCAUUGAUUCUUCAAUUUCAUCCUUGCAUAAACUUAGAAUGCUUUGUUUGGAACAAUGUUGCAUGCUAGAUGAGGAAUUAUCCAUCAUAGGAGAGUUGAAAAGGUUAAGAGUUCUUAGUUUUUCAGGAUCUGAUAUUAAAAGUGUGCCAGAGGAGUUGAAUGAGCUAAAAAUGCUACAAAUUUUUGACAUAAGCAAUUGCCCUAAACUUAAAAAAAUUCCACAUAGUGUCAUAUCUAGCUUGGUAAGUCUGGAGGAGUUGUAUAUGAGAAAUACCUUGAUUCAAUGGGAGGAUGAAGAGCAAACACGUCAAAGUAAAAUAGCCAUUCUUUCUGAAUUGAAACAUUUGAAUCAAUUGACAACUCUAGACAUAGAAAUACCAAAUGUUUCCUAUUUGCCAAAGAAUUUGUUUUUUGACAAGUUAGAUAGUUACAAGAUUGUUAUUGGAGAUUUGAGUUCAUUUUUAGAGACAGAUUUCAAGAUGCCAGAGACAUAUGAAACAUUGAAAUUUUUGGCAGUACAAUUGAAAAAGGCAUCUGACAUUCAUUCUUUAAAGGGGAUCAAAAUGUUAUUUGAAGGAGUUGAAAAUUUGUAUCUAGAACUUAAUACUCUCCAUGAAAAGCACAAUAGUGUCUGUGAAGCCCAAAAUAUUGUCCACGACCUAUUUUAUAGAUUGAACUUAAAAGGAUUUCCAUAUCUCAAACAUUUAUGGAUUGUAAAUAAUUCUACCAUUGAAUCUCUUAUACAUCCGAAGGACAGGGAGCGCCCUGAGAAAGCUUUUCCAAAACUGGAGUCAUUGUAUCUCUAUAAUCUCAAGAUGGAUGAAAUAUGCUCAUGUAAACUUUCAGAACCCUCCUUUGGUAAACUGAAAGUCAUUAAGAUCAAUCUCUGUGGUGAACUAAAGAAUGUAUUCUCGAUUUCCAUGGUUGGACUUUUAAAAUUUCUUGAAACAAUUGAAGUUUCUGAAUGUGGCUCUUUGAAGGAAAUUAUCAAUAUGGGACCAUCAAUCAAUCCUGAAAAAACUGAGCUUGUUAUGCUUCCUGAAUUACGUUAUUUGAAGCUACACUCUUUGUCUGAGUUCAAUGGGUUUGAUGUCAUUCCUCAAAUAGAAGGAGAGGAAAGAAAACUCUUUCACGAAAAGGUUGGAGUUUCAAAAUUACAAAGACUGGAGUUGUCCUCGAUCCAGAUUGACGUAAUAUGGAGUGUGGACCAUUCUUCAAAAGGAUUAUCUUUUGAAAAUUUGACACAUUUGGACGUUAACGGUUGUUGGAAAUUAAAAUAUUUGAUGUCAUCUACAAUGGCCAGGUGUCUGGUGAAUCUUCAAAGCCUUCAUGUAAGUGAAUGUGAGAAGAUGAAAAGCAUUUUCCUCCCUGAACAAGAUCGAGAGAAGGUUGUAAUGGGCAGCAUCUUUCCAAAAUUGAAGAAUAUGAAACUUCGCAGCUUGAAGAGUCUGAGUAAGAUAUGGAAUCCAAAGCUCCCUUCAUACUCAUUUAGCAAAUUAGACACUCUAAUCAUUGAGUGUCACAAACUUGAAAUUUUAAUGGAGGGAAUAUUUGAGAGUUUAUGCAACUUGAGAGUUACAAAUUGCAAGUACAUGCAAGCAAUAUUUAAUAUAAGUGAGCAAAUUGGGGAUGUAACAACUAAUUUGCAAGAUGUUCAUUUAGAAACACUCCCAAAAUUGAAGCUUGUAUGGAACAUAAAUAAUGAAGACCGAGUAGGGAUUCCUAAGUUUAACAAUCUGAAGAGGAUAUGGGCUCAAGAUUGUGACAGCUUGGAAUAUAUAUUUCCAUUCUCUAUAGCCAAGAGUCUUGAUAAUCUUGAAUCUCUUGUUAUUUGUGAUUGUUAUGGAUUGAUUGAAAUUGUUGCCGAAAGGGAAACUACCAACACAGACAGAGCCAGAUUUAACUUUCCUAAACUAAGCACCAUCAAAUUUUCAGAACUGCCAAAACUUAUGAGUUUCUAUCCAACAACUUAUGACUUAUCAUGUCCAUUGAAAGAGUUGUCUAUUGAACUUUGUAACAAUCUGGAACCAUUCAACAAAGGAACGGAGCAUGCACAAAGAAAUCCUGUACAUGUAUUCUUUCCUGAGGAGGUAAUCGAUAACUUGAAGUCCAUGAAAAUUGAGUCUUGGCAUGCAAAGUCACCAAGCAGUUAUAUGGGUAAAAGGAACCAUCGAAGGGAUAACUUAGAAGAGCUUUCCUUAUCUGGGUUAAUGGAUACUGAGAUUUUAUAUUCUUUCCUGCAUAGAAAUCCUAAUUUGAAAGACUUAUUACUGAAUAAUUGUUCCUUUGAAAAGAUAGUGCCUCCAAAAGAAGACUCUGAAAUUGAAAACUUGGGAGUAGUUCCAAAUCUGAAAAGCUUGAAGUUGAUAGAUUUGCCGUAUCUUGAAGAGAUAGGCUUUGAACCAGACAUAAUUCUUGAAAGGUUAGAGUUCUUGAUUUUAAAGAACUGUCCUUCUAUGAUUACUAUAGCACCUUCCUUUGUAUCUUUUACUCGCUUGACAAAUCUAGAAGUGGUCAGUUGUGAUGGAUUACAAAGUCUAAUGUCAGCAUCUACUGCAAAAGGUUUGGUUCUGCUCAACACCAUGAAGGUAGUGAAAUGUGAAUCCCUGAUUGAAAUAGUAAGAAAAGAUGGAGAAAAAUAUGCAAAAGUUGUUUUUCAACACUUGAAAGCCCUAGAGCUUGUUUCACUGAAGAACCUCAAGAGUUUCUGCAUCUCUGAUUGUGACUUUGAAUUCCCAUCAUUGGAGAAAUUAGUAGUGAGUGCAUGUUAUAAUAUGGAUAAAUUUUCUGAAACUGUCACCAGGUCACCAAUUUUACAAAAUAUAUAUGUUUUACAUGGAAAAGAGAACAAAGGAUUCUGCUGGGAAGGAGAUAUAAAUGCUACAAUACAAAAAAUAUUCCAGGAAAUGAAAUAUUUUGAAGGCAUGGAGGAGAUGAGCCUUUCUGAACAUCAAGAACUACAAAAAACAUGGCAACGUGGAGCUGCUCUGCAAAAGCAAAAUGCCUGGUUUUAUAGUUUAAAAGUUUUGAAGCUUGAGAACUGUGUAAUUCAUCCAUGUGCAAUUCCAUCAAAUAUUCUUCCUUAUUUGAGGAGCUUGAAAGAGCUUGAAGUACGAGGUUGUAACAACGUAGAGGUCAUUUUUGAAAUGAACGCUGAAGAGCGUACUGGAGCAACAUUCCACUUGCAAAAAUUGACUUUACAAAAGCUACCAAAACUUAAGGAUGUGUGGGAGAGGAAUGGUAAAGGAACUCAGAGCUUUCAAAAUCUUAAGCUAGUCCAUGUCAGUGAAUGUGAAAUAUUGCAAAGUCUGUUUCCUUUGACCUUGGCAAAAAAUCUUAAGAAGCUUGACAAACUCGAAAUACUAUAUUGUCGUGGGUUGCAUGAAAUUGUUAGAAAGGAAGAGGACACAGCAACAAUGUUUGUCUUCCCUUGCUUAACUACACUGCAUCUUUGUGAUCUUCCAGAGCUGAUUUACUUCUACCCAGAAUCAUUUACUUUGGAAUGCUAUGUGUUAAAUACAUUAAUUGUGUUGCAUUGCCCAGAGUUGGAGCUAUUUGGAAGUGGUAAUAGUCAAUCCAUUUUCGUUGAUCUAAAGGACAUUUGCAACCUUGAGGAACUGGUACUUAGCUGGGAGCACACAUUGGUUUUAAGGACAAAGUUGGGAGGACCUAUGGACAACCUCAAAUAUUUAAAUGAUUUUCAGUUGUUCUUUGAUCCAGAUGAGAAGGAAAGACCUGAUUUGCCCAUUCAAAUACUCCGGAAGAUGCCUAAUUUAACAAAAUUGAGUAUAAACUACUGCAAUUUCCUCGAAGUAUUUCAAACUCAAAUCCCGGAAAUUGCUGAAAAGACCAUGCUUACACACCUGAAAAUAUUGAGACUGGAUAAUGUGUUAAAACUCCAGUCCAUUGGGUCAGAGGACUCACCUUGGUUGAACGUGAUUUGUGACAGUGAAAAGCUCUAA